AGUAACAUGAGGGAUCGAAUGGAAAGAUUUGUGCUGUUUCCUUUCACUGCAGGAUGCAUCUCUGAAUCGAGCAUUGCGGUUGGGCUGCAGCAAGCUAAGAGAUCAAAGAUGGACAUGGGUUCAACUCCCACAAGAGAGAAGGACGAAGAGGAGGAGGAAUACGAGGAAGAUGAAGAGAGCUUAUCUGGUGAAAACUUUAAGAGCCCUUCAAGCCUAUUGGCGAUUCCAAGAUUCCAGAAGCUGUUCAAGAAUUUCAAGAACUUCUCUCAAUCAUUCGUAUACAAAGACGAGUUAGAAGACACAGAAAUGGGAAUGGAAAUUGGAUUACCGACGGAUGUGAAGCAUGUGACUCACAUAGGUUUGGAUGGUUGCGCAAGCUCAAUCCUCGCAAAGGGAUGGAAUAACGUCACCAAGCCAGAUACCACCAAUCUCCCUUCCUUUCCUUCGACCCCACUUCAGGUUGCCAUGGCCAUGAACGCUGAAAAUCCAACCAUUAGGGGCUUGCUUGAAACCAAAUGAAGAAAAUUUAUUAUGUAAUCAAUAGAUGGAAGCAGCACCUGAAUCUGGAUGUAUAAAAAACUUAUAUGACAGUCCAUGAAUGGCUUGCUCAUGUAUCUGUAAUGUUUAUCUGUGGUCACUGUGGUUUGUGUAACCAUGUGGGACCUCUUAAUACCAUCUCUUGCAGUUAUGAUUUUGGUCUA